AUGGGACCUGAAGACAGCGCCUCGGGGCGCCCCGGGCGCAGCGCACCCGCAAAGAAUCAACCCAAACGCUCAACGCCGUCCAUACGCUCGGUGCACCCAGGACCCAAAGGGAAACCCGCAGGCCCCAAGAAGGCCCCAGACCAGAAGCCAGGCGAACCGGCGGCCCCCAGCGAGUGGGAGAAGGCGGCGAUCCAAAAGCGCGCGGCGGGCCGGACCAAGGUCCCACCCAGGUUCCGGGACAGCAUCAAGCGUUUUUUCUUCUCACCCACGGGAGCGCUGAAGAUCGUGCGGCUGGGUCUUCUCAUAGCAGCAUUAACUUGUUUCAUCAUCUCUGAAGCCCAAGACUCAUUCAUAGCAAUCACAGUUCUGGAAGUCUUCAUCGUUAUUUUAUUUAUUAUAAUAUACAUGCUAACCCUUCACCACUUGCUGACUUAUAUACACUGGCCCUUACUUGAUCUUAUCAACAGCUUCAUUACAACUGUGUUCCUUUCCGUAGUUGCCAUCUUGACAGUGCAAGAAAAGGAAAGGAGGCAUUUAUUCUAUGUCGGAGGGUCCCUGUGUCUCUCGGCGGCAAUCGUGUGUCUCGUGGAUGCGUCCCUGGUCACCAAGAUGGUGAGGCAGGUCAUGAAAAAAGCCCUGGGAAUGGAAGGCGAAACCACACCCUCUCUGGCGGCGGAGACGGCGGAGACAGCGGCGGAGGCGGGCCGGGGAAGAACCAACCCAGCAACUCAUCCCCGAACCUGA